UCGUGACAGUUGUUCUGAAAAUGAUCAAAUUAAUUUGUUUAAUAUUUUUACCCGUGGUUCUGGGUACAUUCUUUUUCCCGCCCCCGUACCGGGCACCGGUACCGAUCCUGAUACCGGCCCCGGCACCGAUCCCGAGACCGAUCCCGGCACCGAUCCCGGCACCGGCCCCGAUAGUGAUCGUGGGACCGACCCCGGCACCGAUCCCGGCACCGAUCCCGGCACCGAUCCCGGCACCGAUCCCGGCACCGGCCCCGGCACCGGCCCCGAUAGUGAUCGUGGGACCGCCCCCGGCACCGAUCCCAGCACCGAUCCCAGUACCGACCCCGGCACCGAAGCCGGUACCGAUACCGGCACCGAAGCCGGUACCGACCCCGGCACCGAAGCCAGUACCGACCCCGGCACCAAAACCUAUUCCAAAUAAUGAGGUAACUUAUACAUUCCAUACCAAUGCUGCAACCUUCGAGGAUGCUAAGAAGAUUUGCAAACAAGAAGGUGGAAGAAUUGCUGUCGUUACCUCCAAGGCAGUAGAGGAUAAAUUGGUGCAAAUAUUCCGGAGUGCAGGACCUAUCAAAAACGCGUAUAUGGGGUGGGAUAAACAAGCUUUCAUCGGGAUGCAUUACACAAAUGGCAAGUGGCUGACAUUGGAUGGCAAGCCUGCUCCAUACAUUAAUUGGAGUACCACCUGGUAUGGAGGACAACCAAGUAACCCUGCUUGGCAAAGCUGUGGUAGUUUGUUAAAGCAAGGAGCAAUGGAUGAUGUGCAGUGUGGCAUCCCGCUUGCGUUCUUCUGUGAGAAAACACUCCCUUGUGAUUGCGAUGUUUAAUUUGUGUCUAUUGUUCUUCAAAUUCUUAACUUUUCACCAUUUUUUUUACAAUUCGUUAUUGUUAAGAUCGUGUAAGUUUACCUAGAUUUAUGAGGUUGUCGCAGAUUGAGUAUUUUGCGACCUUUAUUCAAAUGCUCUUUUUGUUGGUAUUGAUUGUCGCAUCAUGUAGCAACACCCGUUGGUUGAGCUGAUUGCUAAUUGACUCAUGCCUGCUGGCUGUCAGAGUAGACCUUCUCCAACUAGUGUGGUCCUUUUUAAACAUACCACUACAGAAUGAACUUGCACGGUCUUAUCAUUUUAAUUUACUUUGUCUCAAUUUCAAAAGAAUCUGACAUCUAAAAUCGUCUUGAUGUUUCUUGUCAGAGUAGCCAUCGUCAUUUAGGCUAUUUACAGUAAAUAAAUAUAAUUUCAUAUCAUUAAUUUUAAUAUAAAUCCUUCAAUAAUGUAUCUCUUUGAU